CAGUCCACCCGCCAGUCAGUCAGUCAGUAAGUGAGAUUUGUCAAUCAGAACGGAGCGCGGCGGCGGCGGUCAUGGCCCUCGCACGGAUCCGGUGCACAUUUCUCCGGUUAGAGUGAACGACAUGUGAACACAGCGCGUGUGAAUUUUGAAGAACAGAACCGGACCCUCCGGUACCGACUGAACCGGACACGGCAGAUCCGCGCGCGAGUUCACUGAGGGAAUUUUUCGCGCAAACUGAGGACGCGCUCGUCGCCUAUUUCAUAUUUUGUUUUCUAUAUCAUUUUAUUUAAAUUUGUAAUACGCUUUAGACUCCAUUCAUGAGUUCGGUUUUUAAGAACAGUUGCUUUCCAACCAACAAACUGUGGAGAAAUUUUGAUUCACUUUGAACAAACAAACACGACCACUUUUCCCUCAGAAAAAAUGAUGAAGUUUCACAAUUCCGAUCUGUGGAUUGCUUGGCUGUUCUUCUGUGUGGAAGUGUGUGUGCAAGCGCUGGAAGUGACGGUUAGCCAGAGCAGCAUCCAGGUGGCGAGAGGUCAGGCGGCAAUCUUGCCCUGUACGUUUACCACGAGCGCCGCCCUAAAUAAUCUUUACAUCAUCUGGAUGGUCACGCCGCUCGCCAACGCCAACCAACCAGAGCAGGUGAUCAUCUAUCAGGGUGGGCAGGUGUUCAGUUUAGCCAAUCACAUGAACGGGCGAGUGGGUUUCGUGUCCACUAUGCCCAGCACAAGUGCCUCAGUCUUCAUCAAUAACACUCAGCUGUCUGACACCGGGACAUACCAGUGCCUAGUCAAUAACCUCCCCGACCGCGGAGGGCGCAAUAUAGGAGUCAUUGGCCUCACUGUGCUUGUUCCUCCGUCCAUACCGUCCUGUCGUAUUCAGGGUGCUCUGGACGUGGGCAGUGACGUGAUGCUCUUGUGUGGGUCAGACGAGGGAAUCCCUACGCCCACCUACUCCUGGGAAAAACUGGAGUCAGUGCCCAAGCUGCCCCACAAUGCCAUGCAAGAUCAGAUGCAGGGUACAGCGACACUGAGGAACAUCAGCACCAGCACGUCAGGACUGUAUCAGUGCACCGCGUCAAACACCAUCGGAAAGAGCACCUGCGUACUAAACCUGCAGGUCGUAGCACCUCAGCCUCAGAGUGUCGGUCUGAUCGCCGGCACGAUCGUCACUGGUAUUCUAGCGCUGGUUAUCUGCUCUCUGCUGGUGGUGAUGACGUUCUUCUACUGGAGAAACAAGAACAAAUACGAUGAAGAUGAAAUUCCCAACGAGAUAAGGGAGGACGAUCUUCCUCCGAAGAGAUCUUCAUCAGUGAAGGCCUUCCAUGCCGACGCCUCCUCUUCAGAGAACGACACGCUGACGUCCACCAACACCUACAACAGCCGUUACUGGCACAACCCCAAACCCAACUACGACACCAACUCCUACACGCGAUACAACGGCGACACACGGCAGACCUUCACAGGCGGAUCCAACAGCGCGGGAAACACCCCCUCACGCCCCACCUUCACCAACGGCAGCCACACUCUACCCCCGCCCAAAACUCUGAUAGUCACCACUAACUCCGCCCCCUCCCCACCCGUUAUGACACGCAGUAACGGCUCGUUGAUCCUGCGCCCGACCGUCGCCACGACGGCGGCUUUGACGCACGGGCAACAACACACACACUCAUACGCCGUGAGCCAAGCCACGCUAGAGCGCAUGGGCGCCGUGCCCGUCAUGGUGCCUGCCCAGAGCAGAGCGGGCUCGCUCGUCUGAUAGAAGCGAACACGCAUGGACGAAAUUAAACUUUUGUAAUAGAGUUCAGCUGAUGCCAACUAAAACUGGUCCACCAUUAACGUCCCUUUUGCGCCCUUUUUUAUAUACUGCCUGUUUGCUUGUUCCUUCCUUUGUCUCUUUUUUUAAGGCUUGACAGUAAACUGGGUUCAAUGCAGGCAGAAAAGGGCCCUCAGGAGACAAAUUAAUACAAAAUAAAGUUUUUUUUGUUGGUUUAAAAAAACAUGUUUCUCACUACUGCAAAAAAAAAAAAAAAAAAAAGUCGUAUUUUUGACUUGUUUUACAGUAAAAAAAAUAUCUAAACCUUCUUAAAACGAGAUUUUAUUCAAGAAGCAAAAUUGUGCAAGAAAUGCGACUUUUUUAAGGAAUAUUCUGCGCUCAAUACAAGUUAAGCUCAAUUGAAAGCAUAUUGUGGCAUAAUGUUGAUUACCAGAAACAUCUAUUUUGACCUCUUUUUAAUCUGGGUUUCAGUGAGGCACUUACAAUGGAAGUGAAUGGGGCAACCUUGGGGCUGUUCCAAAACAUAGUGAGCUUCCUUGUUGUCUCCUACAGGCCAACGGAAACCCCCACACCAAGAAUGGCCCACAUUCGCCCUUAGGGGGACGCUACAGGCCACACCCAAAUGUCCCAUUUUCUGGUCAAAAAUGUUCUAAUUUGGUACAUUGACACUACAGGCCAAGAGGAACCCACAAAUCAAGAAUGGCCCACAUUCAAGCUUAGGGGGCGCUACAGGCCACGCCAAAAAUACUCAAUUUCUGGUCAAAAAUUUUCUAAUUUGGUACAUUGACACUACAGGCCAACGGAAACCCCCACACCAAGAAUGGCCCACAUUCGCCCUUAGGGGGGCGCUACAGGCCACGCCCAAAUGUCCCAUUUUCUGGUAAAAAAUGUUCUAAUUUGGUACAUUGAUACUACAGGCCAAUGGAAACCCCCACACCAAGAAUGGCCCACAUUCGCCCUUAAGGGGGCGCUACAGGCCACACCCAAAUGUUCCAUUUUCUGGUCAAAAAUGUUCUAAUUUGGUACAUUAACACUACAGGCCAACGGAAACCCCCACACCAAGAAUGGCCCACAUUCGCCCUUAGGGGGGCGCUACAGGCCACGCCCAAAUGUCCCAUUUUCUGGUCAAAAAUGUUCUAAUUUGGUACAUUGACACUACAGGCCAAGAGGAACCCACAAAUCAAGAAUGGCCCACAUUCAAGCUUAGGGGGCACUACAGGCCACGCCAAAAAUACUCAAUUUCUGGUCAAAAAUUUUCUAAUUUGGUACAUUGACACUACAGGCCAACGGAAACCCCCACACCAAGAAUGGCCCACAUUCGCCCUUAGGGGGGGCGCUACAGGCCACGCCCAAAUGUCCCAUUUUCUGGUCAAAAAUGUCCUAAUUAGGUACAUUGACACUACAGGCCAACGGAAACCCCCACACCAAGAAUGGCCCACAUUCGCCCUUAAGGGGGCGCUACAGGCCACGCCCAAAUGUCCCAUUUUCUGGUCAAAAAUGUCCUAAUUAGGUACAUUGACACUACAGGCCAACAGGAACCCACAAAUCAAGAAUGGCCCACAUUCACCCUUAGGGGGGGCGCUACAGGCCACGCCCAAAUGUCCCAUUUUCUGGUCAAAAAUGUCCUAAUUAGGUACAUUGACACUACAGGCCAACGGAAACCCCCACACCAAGAAUGGCCCACAUUCGCCCUUAGGGGGGCGCUACAGGCCACGCCCAAAUGUCCCAUUUUCUGGUCAAAAAUGUCCUAAUUAGGUACAUUGACACUACAGGCCAACGGAAACCCCCACACCAAGAAUGGCCCACAUUCGCCCUUAGGGGGGGCGCUACAGGCCACGCCAAAAAUACUCAAUUUCUGGUAAAAAAAAAUCUAAUUUGGUACAUUGAUACUACAGCCCAACGGACGUCGUACACCCUAAAACAACUGCAAAAAUGAUUAUUUAAACAACUUUACAGCUCAAUUAAUACACAGGAACUAAUAAAAAGUCCUUUUAUAAAAUUAUAAGCUUCACAUUUCUGCUUUUAAACCCUCAGAAAUUUGACCCCAUUGACUUCCAUUGUCCAAGUGUCUCAUUGGAACACAGAUAUUUCUUUUUUUAAAGAAAAGGAGGUACGAGACAAAGUAGUUUGUUAUUCAACAUUAUGCCAUAAACACUGUAAAUUGAGCUGAAAUUUAUUUUACCCCAUUUUGCAAAAAGUUUUUUUUUCUCCCACUAAAUUUUGUUAGAUUUAUGUUUAAAACAAGAAAAACAGUCUUUCAGUAUCUUUGAUAAGAUAUUGUUUUUCCAAGUACAUGGAUCUUGUUUUAAUGAUGUUUAGAUGCUGGAAAAACAGCUAAAAAUACCGUUCAAGAGAAUCAGUUCGUGCAGUAAAACACUGAAUCCCGUCACCUCACAUCCCACUGCAAAUAUCUGAAUGUGCAUGAUGCUUCAUUUCAUUCUCAACAUGGCUUUCUUUUUCUUUCUCCACAAUUUUGCAUGCCCAAUCCCCAAUGCACUGCAAGUCCUUGUGGUGGCGUAGUGACUCGCCUCAAUCCGGGUGGCGGAGGACGAAUCUCAGUUGCCGCGCAUCUUAUCACGUGGCUUGUUUAGCGCGUUACCGCGGAGACGUAGCGAGCAUGGAGGCCCACGUAUUCUCCGCGGCAUCUACGCACAACUCGCCACACGCCCCACCGAGAACCACAUUAUAGCGACCACGAGGAGGUUACCCCAUGUGACUCUACCCUCCCUAGCAACUGGGCCAAUUUGGUUGCUUAGGAGACCUGGCUGGAGUCACUCCGCACGCCCUGGAUUCAAACUCGUGACUCCCGGUGUGGCAGUCAGCGUCAAUACUCGCUGAGAUCCCCUCAACCUGACUUACAUCAAUGUUUACUGCUCUGCAAGCGAGCAUUAUUCACCCUCUCUGAUCAAAUAUGGCUGCAGUUCUGGAGUGGAAAAGUGACGUGACCUUUGAUUUCAGACUUCUAAAGUGGAGAGGAUGUGUUUGACAAUAUUACUAACGCAGGACAAGACUGAAAAGGUAUUUUAACAAAUGUUAUUUGCACUGAAGCCAAUGCCGUCCUCAUAUCUGUUUUAUUUCGUGUGAAAGGAAAGUACAUUUGACAUAGAUCGGUCUUAACCAUCCUAAUUCAACGCUACUCACUGUAUAGCCGUAGACUACCUCUAAAAACAUUACAGGUAAAAUAGAUCUCGUAUCUGAUGAACUGGAGAAUUAAAUUGAGUUUGAUUACAGGAAAUCUACUUCAAUUGGGUGCUACUUUCAAACAGGUAGACGUAUAUUGUACUGUAUGUUAUAUGAGAGACUAAUGAGGGGAAAUAAAGAGGAUAUGAAGAUAUUAACAUUUUUUUGCUCAUUUUGUUUAUUUGUUGCUUUAUUUGAUUGUUGUUUUUUUAAAUAUUGUAAAUAAUGUAACUACUUGUAGAACAGAAUAUGAAUUAAAACAUUCUUU